AUGGCCGCCAUUGCACCAAUGGACCUGGUUAUGAAGGCCGGCCCUGCUUCCAUUCCGCUAAAAUGCACACUUUGCCCUAAGAAACCAAACUUUUCAGACCUUUCGCAUCUUCUCACCCACAUCUCCUCAAAGAGCCAUCUGUCUCACCGCUUCAAGAUAGAACUCAGAGCACAGUCGGAGAGAGAUGCGCGAGAAGCAAUUCGGAAGUAUGAGGAGUGGUAUGCGGGCCAUGGAAUCAUGAACCUUCUCGCAGAGCGCAUGACCGCAAAGGAGCAAAAGAAACCCUCCAAAAGAGGGCGGCCCUCAAACGCCAAUGCUCGGAUCACCACAAGCCGCGAAGAAUCUGUCAAGAGGGAGCCUAGAGAGUACACUGAGCCUGCACCUAUCCAAUUUCCCGGCACCCGCCAAGGAUAUUUCGAUAGCGCAGGCUUCCAGACCCCGGUGAUGAAGCGCUCUCAACCCGAAUACUCCACCCCGAACACCCCCGACAACACGUUGGCCGUGAUGAGAGCAAAAUACAGGCGGUGGCCUUCUGAAACUGAGACAGAGACAACAGCAAGCGUGCUGCCUUCUGACGAGCAAGAUGACAAUGGUGAUUUUGGAGACGAGGAAAAUGAUUCCAGCAAGUUGAAGGGAAUCAGAUACCCUGGUAUGGGCCUCUUCGAUUCCGCCAGCGAUUUGCAGAAGAGGAAGCGAAAUCAACGAAAGGACGAGUCUGUUCUGAAGAAGAUGGAGCAGUCAUCGUCCGGCAUUGAGCCGACUGAGUUCGUCUGGACAGAGGGAGGUGUAUUCCAACGAACUCGCGACAUCUAUGCCAGUCCCUCGAUUGAGGGGAGCCCGGAGCGGAAUUUAGGCGGGACCGACAAUCACAAGAAAAAAAGAACCCGUCGCACGGCCACAUCGGCGGCCGUCGCAACCAGGCCACGCCAGACACGAGCAUCGGCCAGAAUCGCCCAAAGCAAGGCGACCUCCAUGAACAAGAGCGCCCUCCGCGAGGACUCGCCACUUGGUCAAGACGAGCACGAAAACAGCCAGAUCUCCAGCCAUAGCCAUGGGUCCGUCGAGAGUUUUGACGUGUUCCGCGACCCCCCGCAACCGAGCCCCAGCAUGCCACGUUUCGAUCUCCGUCGACGCCCAGCUCUACAGUCCCUGAGCUCUAACAUGUCGCUUGUCUCGCCAGCGUCGAAACCCGCGAAGGCGCUUACAUUCUUUCCAGCUAGAGACAAUGGGCCUCCUUCAUUUCCGGCUCAACCUCAUGUAUCAAGCAAUCCGUACUUCCAACACCAGCAUAGUAUGGGUGGCGGGACCUUCAACCCCCUUUGUGUUCAGUCGAGGAACGGAUACUUCCAUCCGUACUACCAGGGUUACGGGGCUGAUCCCAAGCCACCCAACGCCGGAUUUCAGCCUGUCAACACGCUGAAUCAGAAUCUGGGCAGCAUGGCCUUCAACUCCUUUACCACGCCAUACUCGUCCGAUUCCCCCCAUGAACGCGGUCAUGACUUUGACAUGUAA